UGGUCUACGUUGGACUUUGUAAAUUCAUUAGCAGAUCGAACUCACACAAACAUUGAGCUCAGAUCUGCUCUCUCUCUCUCUGUUCUGUUCAUCGAGAUUCCUGAACUUCAUUGAUCGACGGUGAAGAAGGUGCAAAAUGUCGUCGACGCAUCACACCAAGACGGAUUCCGAAGUGACGAGCUUAGCGCCAUCGUCGCCGAACCGGGCGGUCUACUACGUGCAGAGCCCGUCGAGAGAUUCCCAUGACGGCGAGAAGACCACAAACUCCUUCCACUCCACGCCCAUCCUCAGCCCAAUGGGCUCUCCGGGCAGGGCCUCCCGGGACUCCUCCUCCACCCGAUUCUCCGGCUCGCUCAAGCCCGGCUCCCAGAAGUCCAGCAGUGGGUCCCGCUCAAAUAGCCGCCGCCACCACCACCACCACCACCGCAAAGACGAGAAGCAGUGGAAGGAAUUUGACGCCAUAGAAGAAGAGGGGCUACUUGAUGAGGGCCAUAGCCGGAAGGGCAUCCCUCGCCGCUGCUAUUUUCCGGCGUUCGUCGUCGGCUUCUUCCUCCUCUUCGGCUUCUUCUCUUUGAUCCUCUGGGGCGCUAGCCGGAAUCAGAAACCUGUAGUCACCAUGAAGAGCAUUUCAUUUGAUGAAUUUGUGGUUCAAGCGGGGAUGGAUCACUCCGGCGUUGCGACGGAGAUGGUGUCCAUGAACUCCACCGUCAAGCUUGUGUUCCGGAACAAAGGCACAUUUUUCGGGAUGCACGUAACGUCGACGCCGUUAGAUCUCUCAUUCUCCGAGCUCACCGUCGCCACCGGAACAAUUAACAAGUUCUAUCAAUCAAGAAAGAGCCAGAGGACGUUGACGGUGACGUUAAGGGGGAAGGGAAUCCCGUUGUACGGCGGGGGAGCUGACUUGACCAGCAAGGAGGGAAAGCCGACGGCGCCGGUGCUGUUGACCCUGGGUUUCACGGUGAGAGCGAGGGCUUACGUAUUGGGCCGGCUCGUGAAGCCCAAGUUCUAUAGAGAAGUCCACUGCUCGGUUAUUAUGGACCCAAAGAAGAUGAACAAGGCCCUGCAGUUCAAGAACAAUUGCACUUACACAUAAUUUGUUUACCUACUUUUGUAAUAUAGGAAUGAUAGUGGGAGCAAAAAUAAAAAUGGAGGGUGUU